AUUCGGAACCCUGAUAUGAUCAUGAUCGAAACAUGCAUCCGAAGACUAAAAUAACCAUGCCGAUGGAUCCAGAUUCCCCGCUCAAUAGAGCUCAUCAGUGUGAGCGAAAGGCAGAGAGAAUGAUGAACAAUGGAAUUCACGAUGCAGCUCUACAGUGCUACAAAAAUGCAUCAGAGUAUAUUGUGCAAGCCAUGGAGAAAACGAAAGAUGCGGUUGCCCUCCAUUCCCUGAGACUCCAGAAAGAAAACUACGACAAGAUGCCAAAUCUUGUCAACAAGCGGAGACAACUUGAUGCAAAGAAAAUCAAUCUAGAAAGCCUUCAACUCGAAGUACCACAGCCUCAGGAGAAUGGAGUUACAGGAGAGGCAAAUGGGGUGAAUGAGGAGAAAGACGAUGAUGUUGAUGGAGGGCAGGAGAGUGACGAUGAAGUUUGCUUAAAGAGCAUAGAGCCGGUGUCAUCCAGGAUUCCAGGAGUUGCAGCGGCGACUGAAGAGGAAGGAAGAGGACGAACGAACAGCUUUGAGUCUCUCCCGUCAUUGGCUUCGGAAGACGCAGAUUCUCUGCUGCAGUGUCUUAAUGAGUUCAACGAGCUUGAUAAGAACGAGAUGAGGACCUACUACCGACCCACGAUGGUACUCCAAGCCCUGAGGGAUCUGGGUACUGGUUAUGUCUCCAAGCCAGGCCGGGAAGCGCAAGCGCCUCACCAGCAGCUGCAGCAAGUGUGGAGGAAGAGGGAGGUGGAUGACAAAGUGCUGUUAGAGGAGCUUGCGAUGAAGACCCUGGAGAUGAGGAAGCAUGUGGUGAACCUGCUGGAGCAGAUGGAGCACUGUCAACGCGAGAACGACCACUUGAAGAAUGAGGUCAAAGAACUCCAGCAGGAGCUUGAAUCACAGAAAAGCCAACAGAGAAGAGUUCAGCAGUCUGUCCGCCCUCCAACAGACUUUGGCAACGGAUUUAGCGUUCCUUUCAGCUUACUAGCACCCUCUGAUAACAAAGUGUCCGAGUCAAGUUCAACAGCAAUGAUAGUCAUUCCUCAAACCCCUCCUGCUCUUGCCCCAUUAGAAAUGCCAAACUUUAAUGAUCAGUGAUGCAUUUAUUCAUUUCACAUCAUUUUUAUCUUACAGGAUUUUUAAUAUUUUCAAAUUUCUUUUCUUUCAUACUGUAUGUAAUGCAUUGAUUUUCAUGACUGAAAUACUGUAUCUUGCGCUGGGGUAACGAAAAAUAUGGAUUACAUCUGAAUAAAAAUAUAUUCAAGGGGAUUGAAGGGGGCCAUGGUCAAUUAUCAUAAUCUAGAAAAGUGUAGCAACCAUUUUUUUAGGGGAAAGUGAUCCUUAUGAAGUGCCAAAAUACAAUGUAUCAGUUAUGUGAUAUUCCUGAUCAUAAUUCAGUUUUGUACAUGUAUGUCUUGGUUCAGACUUUUGUGAGAGUGCAAAAAUCGACUUGCGCCAAAGUGAU